GAGAGAGAGAGAGAGAGACUCCCGCCUCUUGUUCCCUCUCUAGCUCCACUUCCAGCUGUUUGUUAAAUUCCUCCACACGUCGCAAUUGGCUGAGGCCGCCGGCUUUUUUUUACGUUUGUGUACGUUUUGUGUUCCCGUCAUGUGUGUGCAUGACAGUGUGUGAAUGUGACAGAGGAUUUUUUUUUCUCCCCACCAGACUUUCCAAGCUGCUAAUCAGGGAAUGUAUUCGUUGUCAAGAAGGAAACCGUAAUCACACCAAGAGAAAAGGAAAAGGGACAGACAUUUCCCAGGACUUUGGUGUGAGGGUCUUGGAGCAGCAAAGUAACUGCGUCUCUUUCACUGCACGAUGACAGAAGUGGUCAGUCCACGUUCAAUAAUGGACUCUGAGAUGAUGUUCCAACCAGAGUCGGAUCAGAUGUCUCCAAUUGAACCCAGGUCUCCGCCCCUGGACCUGAUCGACACAGGGAAAGGGUUGAAGGUGCAGACGGCCACACCUCAUCUGGUGAGCCUGGGCAGUGGGAGGCUGAGUGUGGCAAUCACCCUGUUGCCCCUAAAAGAAGGAGUGACCCGCAUAGGCAGAGAAGAUGCCCCAAUUCCUCAAGACAUCACUAUCCAGGGGCCUGGCGUCGAGGCGGAGCACUGUCUCAUUUUUAAUGAAGGAGGGGUGGUGACCCUGGACCCCUGUGGACACCUCUGCAGUCUGGAUGGAGUCCAGGUCACUGUGCCUACACCUCUCACACAAGGUUACUCACUGUGUCUGGGUAAAUCCUAUUUCUUUCGGUUCAACCAUCCAGAGGAGGCCAGCAGAAUGAAGAGCAUGCUUCCCCAAAAGAGCCCUGUGUCUGCCUUGGCUUACAACACAGACUACCUGAAGUUCAGUAGUGACUAUGGUCAUGCGGUGGUGGGUGGCACUAGCAGUGCUAGAGGCAUGCGAUCAGCCUCUGAGCUCCGAGACUUGAUGGACACCCUGCAGCGUAAGAAGAUUGCCCUGGAGAACAGCCUCAGAGCCAACGGGAAUGCCAAUCCUUCCUACUUCAGUGUCACACAGUCUCCUCCCACCUCACCGACCACCAGUCCUGCCACAUCAUCCACAGCCUAUCAGGAACAAGCAAGACGGUUCUAUGGCUCAGAUCGUCCUCCCAUGUCUUUGAAAUCUGCUCCCCCUCCUUCCCCUGGACGUCGAUCAGACCCUUCUUCUUCCUCCCGCACCUUGAUCAGUCGGAACCAAGAAAACUACAGCAUUAGCGAUAGCCGACGGCUGCACAACCCGGGCUCCUCUAAUUUACUGUCCACAUGGAACGGUGGCGGUUCCUCAAUAUCUGUUGAUGGUAGCAACACCCUCCUCCUGACUCUACCUCCAUCCUCCACCCGCACUCCAUCAACAGGAGGUGCGGUCAGCAUGCCCUCAAGCCCACGUCUUGGCCGCCGUAGCUUUGGCAACCAAGAGCCAUUGCCCAGCAGUCGAACCAGGAAGUAUUCGGCGGGCUCACUGAAUGGGAUGAUAGUUGGUGGACACAGCCGCUCCCUGCCACGCCUCUGCCCCUCUACAUCUCCCCGUGACAACAACAAUGGAGGUCUGACCCUGUCAACCUUGCCCCCACGGCGAUCUGAUGUUGCCGGGGGUUAUAAAUAUAGUAAAGACUAUUACAACAAUCAGAACGGCAAUUCUGACCUCAACCACAACUCCAGCAUCUCCAGUCAGCUUUACUCCAAUAGAAAUCAAAUACAAAGCACCAAUCAGGGGGAAGGUGUUGUGUCUAUCUCCCUCUCUUCCCCUAAGAACGUGCCUUCCGUAACGCCCUCCAUCUCUUCUACAACAACCCAACCUGACGUGACCAUCCCAUCAAAAGCAGGGGGCUCCUCUUCUCCUCGUGUUGCCAAAAAACUCAGCCUGACCUCCACUAGCUCCAUGGGCUCCAUCAGCUCCUUGAGUUCCAUCCCAGCAGAACUGGCAGGUCGUGGAGUUACAGGAGGAAUGGAUGCUUAUUUGGGGGAAAGGGAGAGGAGAGGGGUAGGACUAGAACUCAGCGGUGCCCCUGGGCUUGGAUUUGGCGAGAGGAGGUCUUCAUUUGGAAAGGCGGGUCUAGAACCUGGGGUGGGGCUGGGUGAGAGGAGGCAGUCAUUUGGAAAGGCUGGAGUGACCCCACCUGGGGGAUUCAGGGAAAGAAGGGGGAGUAUCAGCUCACUGAGUGGGAAGGAGGAACUGACAGACUACCACCAGAGGCAAAAAGGGGAGAGACUACGGGAGCAGGAGGUGGAGAGACUGGAGCGGCAGCGGCUUGAGACCAUCUUGUCUCUGUGUACGGAGCUGGGCCGGUCUGAGAGAGAUGGAGGUGGCACAACUACUGCUCCGACUUCGGCUGUAGCAGAUCUCCAAAAGAUCAAUCAGGAGCUCGAGAAGCUUCAAGUGAACGACGACGACGAUGACGACACACCAUCAGUCUUUUCGGACUCCUCUGCUUUUAAUGGAACCACAGAGAAUGGACACACCGUCUCCCCUGGAUUAGAGAAUGGUUACUAUGACAACGACCUACAGGUACGACAGAGACGCAGCAGCGGCCAGCGAGACAACAGGGCAGAAUCCCCUGCUGUCAGUCUGCGAAGCUUUGGCCCCUCCCCUUCUCCUCGUACACAGAGGAACAAUGAGGCUCUAGAUGAAGCCGCUCGUUACCGUAGACAAGAAAUGAGGCCAUCAGAGGAGGAGGUGAGGCGUGUGGAGGAGGAGAGGAUCCAGGUGCUGAACAACAUGGAGGAGGUGGAGCAAAAGAUCAAAGAGCUGGACAACCAAAUAGAGGAGUCUUCCCGAGAGGUGGAGGUUGAGCGAGCUUUGGUGGAGGCAGAGAUGGAGUCAGAGGCAGCUGCUCUUCUGCAGGAAAAAGAUGCUUUAGAGGCACUCCACAACAAGAUGGCCGACCUAGAGACCAAGUCCCAGCAAGAAAAAGAAAAGGCGUGCGAGUUGCUGCAGGCAGAAAGGGGCAGAGUAGAGAGGUUGGCUCAGAUUGUGUGUGAGCAACGCUCCCAGCUGGACAGCUGCCCUGAGGCCACCAAGGAGCCCCUGCAGGAGCAGCUGGCCAGGGACUGUGAAGUGCUAGAGACGGAGACAAAGCGUUUUGAGGACCUUGAGUUCCAGCAACUGGAAAAAGAGAGCAGGCAGGAUGAGGAGAAGGAGACCCAUACACAACAACUCCUCCGGGAGAUAGCUGACCAUCAGCGAAGCACCGUCACUCGCAAGGAGAGACUAUUAACACUGAAAAAGCAGGCAGUGCAGAUUACCCAGCAGGCUCAGCGAGAGAAGGAGAGCUUCAUGAAGGAGAGGAGCAACCUUGAAGCAAUGCUACAAAGGGAGAAAGAAAACCUCGCCACGCUUGAAAGAAAAUAUGCUGAUCUCACCGGUGGCAGGGGUUUCACUCUAAGGGAGGAGAAAGCCUCACUGGCUGAUGUGUGUCAGUCUUUUAGCCAUCGGUGCCGUUACAACACAUCUGCCACAUGUCCUCCUCCAGUAAACAUGUGUGCCCUCUCAUCCCUCCUUUCCUCUAUUUCUCUCAAGAAUGCUGAGGGCUAUGUCACAGUCAGUGAAAUCAAUGAGCUUUACUCACAGCUUGGGGGGGAACUUAAACCCGCCCCCGCCUCUGCCUUGGCCAAUGCCUCUCCAGAGUCCACCGCAAACCCCUCCCCUGAUGGCGACACCUCAAAACCACCAGAGGAUGAGCUCUGUCAUUCUUCCUCACCUGCCGACUGUCAUUCCUCUUCCUCCUCCUCUUCUUCUUCCUCCUUUCAACUAAAUCCCCGCCCCCUUCCCAAAACCCCCUCUGUGCAUUGGCCAGAGAACAUGGUGUCAUAUCGAGACCCCUCUCCCCUCCCUGACUCCCCCCCACCUCCCCUUCCUGUCAAAAAACAACAUCACCGACACAGGCAGCAAUUCCGUUUGUUGGAAGAGAGAAAGAGGUCUGAGAGAGAAUCCGGCUCCCACCUAAGUGACACCCUACCCAGGAAGAGAAGCACACCCACCAUGACGCCUCAGUUCACUAGCGCAACACUGGGACGCAACUUCUCUAACAAGUCCCACCAGCCGCUGGUUCAGAGCACAAGUUGUGGCAGCAUUCUUCCAAGAAUUUUCUCCCUAUCCAACAAGGAGACUGACUCUCGACGUCUGCAUAAAGGUCAGCCCAGCUCCCGAGCAGCUUCCCAGACCAACGUGUACCUUGAUGCCUUUGGUUACCGUGACAACCAGGCCUUUGACACAAUGAGCAUUGACAGUACUGACUCUAUUGAAACCAGCAUCUCUGCCUGCUCACCUGACAAUGUCUCCAGUGCCAGUACUUCCAAUGUGGCCAAGCUAGAGGAGAUGGAGCGUCUGCUGAGAGAAGCCCAGGCAGAGAAGAUAAGCCUCAUAGAACACAAGGAGCGAGAGAUGGGCAUACGAAAGCAGGCACUAGAGGAGGAGCGGAGAAGAAGGGAGGACCUGGAGAAAAGGCUACAAGAAGAGACGAGCAGACGCCAGAAACUCAUCGACCGUGAGGUGAAACUGCGAGAAAAACAGAGGGCACAGUCCCGGCCGCUGACACGAUACCUGCCGGUGCGAAAGGACGACUUUGACCUGCGCGCUCACAUUGAGUCUGCCGGCCACAGCACAGACACAUGCUUCCACUUGUCCAUCUCAGAAAAAACCUGCCGUGGCUACUUGAUCAAAAUGGGAGGCAAGAUCAAAACCUGGAAGAAACGCUGGUUUGUCUUUGACCGUAACCGACGCACGCUCUCCUACUAUUCAGACAAACAUGAAGCCAAACUGAAAGGAGUGAUCUACUUCCAAGCUAUUGAAGAGGUGUAUUAUGAUCAUUUGAAGAAUGCACAUAAGAGCCCUAACCCGUCUCUGACCUUCAGUGUGAAGACACACGACAGGGUCUACUACAUGGUCGCUCCCUCUCCAGAGGCCAUGAGAAUCUGGAUGGAUGUGAUCGUCACAGGUGCAGAGGGGUACACGCAGUUCAUGGUGUAGGAACAUGUGCCAUCCUGCUGCCAUGACUCUUUCUGGCUUUAAAGACUUCCGUUUCCCAUUUUAUUUUCAGAUUUUGAAAAAGGAUGAACGGACAUUAUAGUCACGUAUGCUGGAGAAUUGACUCAUUUUCUGUUAUAAAGACAGUAGCCUCAAGACACUCGAGAUUCAGUUCUCACUUAAGAACAGUUCUUGCGCCUUAUUCAGGAGAUGUGCAGGGUUUACCCUCCCAUGCCAGUCUGGGUUCUAACUCCAGAGAGGUUAUUAAGUGCUGGUGAUCUAUGGCCCACUGUGGUGUCAUAGAGUAAGCUCAUGUGUACAUCAAAAGAUAUUAUUGUCAAAUGUUUUAAUUAACUCUAUUUUUCACAAGAUUAAUAAAAACCCAUUCCCUUAAAUCAUGAGCAGUAUGUGACUCAAAGACAGAUUGGCUAAAUGAACCACUUUUAAUAAAUACACAAGUGAAUCAGAAAAUGGAUUCAGAAACGUUUAAUGCCAACCAAUUAACUUUUUCACCAGAACAAUAGAAAUUUUAAAAUGGGUUCAACCAAUUCUAAACAGUUUUUGUUGUGUUUGUGUUAAAUAAUGCAUAGUGAUUUAGUAAAGUUAGUUUUAUUUACUUUCUUUUGUUUUGAUUAAACUCCAUGUAUCCUUACUGUGGCAUACUCAGGUCUUAACUGUGGAUGAGCAUGCAUGUUCAGUAUGCUCAUGUGUGAGUUUAUACACAGUUACUAAAGAAGUGCCUGUUCAGACUUUAUGUACACAUCCAUUUACUGGGAGCUUUGAAAGUAGCUCCAAGGUGCUAUUCUUACACAUUAAGUGACACUAAUGAUUCUAAUCACGCCUUCAUGUAAAAACAUUUAGAUCAGGGUGUAAGUAAGCACUCAUCUUUGUGAUUAUCUGUUAUUUUUUAAUGUGGAUUUACCGCUCUGAGUUUACAAUAAUGUUACCACAGACUCAGAAAUAAAGCUCAAACAACUGUCAUAAUAUAGUUACUGCAGGUGAUUUUUUAUAUAUAUAUAUAUAUAAGUAAGAGGAAUAUUGACUAUUACUAAGGGUCUACUUUUUCUAUUUGUACAUUUUGUUUCUAAGUUGUAGUUAGUUUUAAGACAGUUGUGCAUGAUCAACUCAUGACUCCUAUUUGUGCCUUUUUUUAAUCAUAUUUUUGUGACAGUAUUUUAACAUCAGUGUUUAAGGGCUCCAUGUAUCUACAUUAUAAACUAAAUGCCAAGCUAUCUGUGCUGAGGAAACACAAAUGUGGAAAGACGUUCCUGAGUGAUUUUUCUUUUUUCUUUAAGAAAGUAGGAUUAGGUUGUCUUUAAAUGUGUUGAAAUGGUACACACACUCAAUUAGAGGCCUUAAGUCAUCAAGACCGACUGACUGAUUAUUGUGCUGCUCUGGUCCACGAGCUUUUAAUGCAUCGCUUUUAUUACCACUAAUUCAGCGCCAGCUUUUCCACUUUGAACACUAAGGCUGCUUUUUGUAUCGUUUAUCUUGCCUCUUGGCAUUGUAUUUCUGUUCUGUUUUAUCGACCAAAGUCAAUGUUUAUGUGGUAAAAUGUAUAUGUGGUUUCUUUGCUUUGACUUCUCUUUCAUCAGUACAGUGAGAGAAAGAGGAUAUCUGUUUGUGUUUUUAAGACGAGUACCUGGAUGUUUUCCACCAACAAAAAGGGGGCUGUGAUAAAGGAAGCGUCAUGAGCUUUACUUCUCUCUGAGUUAUUAUUUUUUAUGUGGAUUACACUGUAUUUAUGCCAUAACCAAUGCAUGUAUCUUAAUUUUAUAUUCCCCUAAGAAUAAUAAAAAAUGAUAUAUUUUACCUUUUA